CUGUCAGACAUGAGGCGGCUGAAGGCUAGUGACCUUGUGCCGCCUCUAAGCACUUCUGCUCCGCAGCCCUGACACCCGCACAGCGCCCCGGCAUGGAGCUGAAGGAGGCCGUGACGGGGAGAAAGAGGCUCCUGCCCUGGGUGCUGCCCACAUGCAUCCUCUGCACUAACGGCUUCUUCGCCAACCUGAGACCCUCGGAGCCCUUUGUCACCCCCUACCUGCUGGGGCCGGACAAGAACCUGACAGAGAGGCAGGUGUUUAAUGAAAUUUAUCCGGUUUGGACGUAUUCUUACCUGAUCUUGCUCUUCCCAGUCUUCAUUGCUACAGACUAUCUGCGAUACAAGCCUGUGAUCAUCCUGCAGGGGCUCAGUCUUAUCAUCACCUGGUUCAUGCUCCUUUACGCUCAGGGGACUCUUGCCUUACAAUUUCUGGAAUUUUUCUACGGCAUGUCCACAGCCACAGAAAUUGCCUAUUAUUCAUAUAUUUACAGCAUGGUAGAACCCGAAGUCUACCAGAAAGUGACCAGCUACUGCCGCACUGCCACAUUAACCGGCUUCACCGUAGGGUCUGUUACUGGCCAGGUUCUGGUGUCUGCGGCCAACUGCUCUCUAUUCACUCUGAAUGUCAUCUCCUUGAUCAGUGUCUCAAUUGCAUUUUCUACCUCUUGGUUUUUGCCAAUGCCAAUGAAAAGCCUUUUUUUCCACCAAAACUUAAUUAAUGCCAAGAAAAGCCUGAGUCUUCAGUCUGGAAAUGGGGGAAGUCAACUAAAUGGUGACUUGGAGUGCUCUGCUGAGGAGGUUGAAGUUCGGGUACCCUUGAACGCUGAUGCACACAAUACUGGGGACCAGUUCCCAGAGAAAAAGAGCGUUACAUUACAGAAAGUGGUCAGAACUUUGUGGAAGGACUUCUUGGUCUGCUACUCAUCCAGAACCCUCCUCUGCUGGUCAGUCUGGUGGGCUUUGUCUGCAUGCGGGUAUUUCCAAGUGCUGAACUAUGCUCAGGGAUUAUGGGAAAAAGUUGCUCCGUCUUCCCAUUCAGAUAUUUACAAUGGCAGUGUUGAAGCUGUGUCUACACUCCUAGGUGCAGUUGCCGUCUUCAUUUUUGGCUAUGUUAAGAUUUCCUGGUCCACGUGGGGCGAGCUGCUGCUGGCUGGUUUCGCUCUGAUUAUUGCGGUGACUGUAUAUAUCAUGGAUGUAAUUCGAAACAUUUGGGUUUGCUAUGUCAUGUACAUCAUCUUUCGAAGUAUCUACAUGAUUCUCAUUACCAUUGCGACAUUUCAGAUUGCUGCAAAUCUAAACAUGGAGUGCUAUGCCCUUGUUUUCGGAGUUAACACUUUCAUUGCCCUGCUAUUACAAACUCUGAUGACUGUGAUUGUUGUGGAUUCCAGCGUUCUUGGCUUAGAUAUAUUUACACAAUUUAAAAUUUAUGCUGGGUAUUUUGCAGUCAUUGCAAUGAUAAUUUUUGUGAGUGGAUUGUACCACUGUGUGAAUAACUGUCAACGACCGAAGCAGGAUAAACUGGACUCUUCAGGGACAUGAAAGAUGCUUCUAAAGAAUAGUAUCUGGAAAAUAAUGAAGUAUAUCUCAGGAUGCAGCGCUGUGUCCAGUACUUGAAGCAUACAGCACCUGAUACUGACAAAUCCUGCUAUAUUUAUGAAUUUUAAUGUAAAUUGCGUUCAUGUUGAUAAUUGGUUAUACGAACGUAAUUGAGAGGGUUUAUAGUGGAUGUUAAUUUUAUGUAUAGACAUCCACAGUAAGCGCAAGUAUAGAUUAUUUUUCAUAUUUGCUCUUUAAAGGCCAUGUACAUCUUCUUCGUGGGCAAUUUUAUUAUAAUUGGAUUUUAUUCAUUUUGGGCUAAAAAUCUUUUUUCAAUUAGUCUUUAUUAAAAAUAUUGAGCCGUUCUGUCACAAAGGUUUAACAGUUUGUCUAGCUGCGUGAAUCAUACGUUUUACUUUCACUUUGUGCCAUUCAUCUAAUAAAAUAACUAUUAGAUCGGUGGGAGUCCUAUCACUGGGACCUCCACCAAUCACGAGAUUGGGGACCCCGUGGAGCACCCAAAAUGAACUAAAAGGUUGAUCGGGCAUGUAUGCAGUGGCUCCAUUCAUUUCUAUGUUAGUUCCGGACAUAGCUGGUUCGUUAUCAGUGGGGGCCCCAAGGGUAGUACUCCCGCUGAUCUGAUAGUUAUUCAUUAUCCUGUGGAUAUGACCAGAAUACUUUAAGUGAAUGGGUGCUGAGCUGCAGUAACCAAACAUGGCCACUACAGUUUGAACAGUGCUGUGCUUCCGGCUCCUUAACGGUAGUUCCGGCAGCUGCAUGGAACAGUUGGCUGGUGGGAGUGCUGGGUGCCAGACCCCUACCAAGCUAAUAUUGAUGAACAUAUCCUUAGGAUUGGAUAAUGUAUUACAAUUAAAUCAUUUAGAUAACUUCUCCUAUGCAAAACACCAAG